UUCGUUUUUCAGUCGGUGACCUUCGGGGCACUAGCCAUGCGUUGCCGUACAGCCAUGGCACUUGGAAUCCUGGCGCCAGUCCAGGCCUUGGAUGCUUCCAUGGUGUCGUGCUGGGAGACCGGGCACUCCAGGGAAGCCUGCUGUGACAAGCCAUCCUCGUGCUUUGACUCCAUCUACACAAGGAAGGAGUGCUGCAGCAAGGGCUAUGCGCGGCUUUUCCCUUCAGCAGAAGCCCUGGAUGUUGACUGGGAGGAUGCCUCCCGCUGGGCUUCUGCACCCUCGGCUGGGGUGGCUCAUCCCUCCUUCAGCUCCAGUCAAAGGGCGUGGGAGGGGAGCAUCAGCAAUGCGUCGAUCCGGAUCUCGCAGAAGAUUUUGGGGCAUCACUUGGAAUUUGUUGCUUUCAAACGCUCUGGUCCAGCUCUGGGCAAAGUUCUCGAAGAGCUGAGUGAAGACUUGUACCGACUGCAGCAUGUAGAGCUUCUAGACGAUCAGGCGCCCGUGGCCGUUGACAUUGGCGCUUCGAUCGGAUUGGUCUCGGUGUUGCUUUGCAAGCUUUGGGCCGGAGCAAAGGUGCUGGCCCUGGAGCCCGCACCACCGAACUUUCGCUAUUUGCUGUGGAACCUCCGGAUCAACCACGUGACGGACUGUGUCUGGCCUUUGAAUAUUGCCGCUGGUGCUUCACCAACACCGAUCCGUCACUUCUUCUACUCCCCCACGUACCCAACAUGGUCCCAACACUGCAUGGAGGGUUGUCAAGACGAUGAUGACUCCUGGCGUGGAGGGUUCACCGAUUGGCAGAUUCGUUUCUCUUCUCCGAUCUUGACGCUGGGGGAUGUGCUCUGGACGUGCGGAAGCCUAAGCGUUCCCGGAUGUGUGUGGAAGUUUGAUACAAGCCAUGGCCAGAACUCUAUAAUGUCCAUAAUUUUUACUGGCCCAGAUGAAUCAAGACGAAUGGCCUGCACUUUUUCCAGGGCAUCUACCAGAGGACCACAGGUAGUACGGAAAGCCGGAAGAUCCCGGAAGAUCGUCUGUGCGUGUCCAGGCUUGGCUUCCAGCACAUUGAUUUUCUGAAGGUGGAAGUGAGGGAAGAUGUCAGAAGACUCAACAGACUUUCCUAUCGGUCCUAGCAUGUUUUGCCAACGGUCAAAGCCGGGUUAGCCAGUGGACCAUGGAAAAAGUGUGAACUGCACGAGCUCUUCCCACGCACUUCCAGCUGAAUGUGCUUCAAAACGGAGAGAUCCCCCAAUUCGACCCUUGCGAACAGGAAACAACGACUAUAGUCAAUAGUCAAUAAUGUAUAGAGGGUCUCCCUAGUCUAAUACACUUCCAGUUGGUGUGGGACCUCAGAACUACUUGGGCUGCCUUGGGCUGCCGUCUUGCCGGUGACUGCCAGGUAGAUUGUGAGGGCUGCGAAUGGGAGAUCUUUGCUCCGCACAGUUGGGAGCGGAAGCCCGUCUCAACGGGUGGGGAAGGGGCGAAGGUUGCCACGGAGCUUCAUCAGUGGGCACUGCCCGCAGAUGCGGAAGAAGGUUUGCCCAAUCUGAGGUUUGUUUGCAGACAUGAAGUGGUGCGGGAGAACUUCUUGUGCUCGACAAUGUGAUUGCUU